AUGGCACCACCGCGACAGAGCAACGUUCGGCGUCGCGAGACGUCUACGGGCGAUUUUCAUGAGCUUGGCGUAAAAGGACGAAAGACUGGCAUUGAGUUGCCCGACACAGGCGUACGCGACGAACAUGGCAUGCAGCCUAUCGACGGCCUCUUCUCCUCGCCAGAGAAGGAUAAUAGAUCCGCCAGCGACGAUGGCGAAGAGGACAUGGAGCUGGAGUCGGAAUCCGGUCCCGGUCCUUCCACGAUUAUGAAGAACCACCCUCGGCUUGUUCCCCGAGGAACAUCCCCGCGAAAGACGAACCUCGGAUCGCCUGCGAUGCGGCACCCAAGCUUCGGCCCUUCCUCAUCGCCGACACGACUAUCGCCUCAGCGGAGGUCAUCCUCGCCAACAGAGCCUCAGCCAACUCGCGGGGGUCCGGUAUCACGCAAACUCGACUACGGUGCCCUGGAAAAGAACGGACCCGGCCUCAAUGGCAAACGUCCAAAUGGGUUCAAGAGCGGACGCGCAGUCUCCUCCGAGAAUGAGGAAGACGAGGAGGCCGUUUUACAGGCGCACAACGGCCCUGUUGAGAAUGGGGACGAAGAGUCGAUGCAAAUGGUCAGCAUGGACGACGGCGAAGUGCCAGAGCCUGAGUCUGAGCCAGAAGCACCGGAACCAGAGGAAAUAUCAGAAGUCGAGGCUCCGAAACAGCCUGUCAAGCGUAAAGGCCGUCCGGCUAAGGCGAAGCCAGUCGUUCAGGAAGAGGCAGAAGAAGCAGCGGCACAGUCCAGCAAUGAAUCCGAACAAGAGAAAGCACCAGUCAAGAGGAGAGGCAGGCCGGCAAAGGGCAAGGGCAAAGACAAGAGCCAAGCAGACGAACCUGGGCCUGAGCAGGAAAAGGAGCCGGAACCGGAGGUCAGCGCGCCCAAACGCAGACGUUCGCGCAACUCAAACGGAGACAAGGAGCAAGAGGAGGAAGACGACCGCGCAUCCAAACGACAGCGGAAAGAACCCAAGAAGGCGACAGGCGGAGCACGUGGGCGGCCAAAAGCUGUUCCCCAGGAGGAAGAGGGCGAGUCACCGAAGCAGACAGCCAAGGCCGCCUCAAAAUCCAAACCCGGACCCAAGGGAAAGCCAGGCCGCAAACCGCAAGCCACAGCUGGCGAGGACUCGAUCCUGGGCGUGGUGCAAAAGGGACCGCCCAUGCCCAAGGCGCGCGGUCUGGUCUCGCAGAAGCAGAAGCAAGACCCCCACUCCAUCACCCACACGCGAUCCGGCCGCCAGUCGUACAGGCCGUUGGCGUUCUGGAAGAACGAGCACGUCACCUACGACGAAGAUGGGGCCUUUGAAGACGGCAAAAAGGGCAACAGAUUUCUGCUGCCCAGCGUCAAGGAAGUCGUCCGCGUCGAGGAAGAGGAACGGGAGGCGGCGCGCAAGGGCAAGUCGAGAGGCCGCAGACCCACCGCCAAGGCAGGCAGGCGGCGACAACAGGUUGAGUCCGAAGACGAGGAGCCGGCGGAACCGUGGGAGCAGGACCCCGGCAGCGUCGACGGCGAGAUCGUGGUCUGGCAGCCGGAACACGAGUUCAACCCCCCCGCCAUCAAUGAGCAAGUCGAGAUUGACGAGGAGCGGAUUGCGGUUGCCGCGAGCGCCAUCCAAACAAGGGACAUUCGCGAUGCGACGUUCCGCUUCGCAAAGACGCUCAGCCUGCCCUUUUUCGGUUCCGGCGUCGUUGACCUCCCGCCCGGCGCGGAGAAGCGGCCCAAGAACUCGCGCAAGAUGCAGAUGGUCUUUUUCGUGUUCCAGGGCAAGGUCCUGGUCAUGGUGCACGAGUCGCAGUUUAGGAUCAGCGCCGGUGGAAUGUGGUUCGUGCCGAGAGGCAACUACUACAGCAUCCAUAAUGACUAUGAAAACCCAGCUCGCAUCUUCUUUGCGCAGGGUUGCGAGUUGAGCAGCGCCGCGGCGAUAGGAGGGACUCCUGGGUUCUCUCAAGAUACGACCAUUGGCUGA